UGUUGAAAUCUGAGGAUGCCGAUCGAACGCAGAAAUAAUAGCCAAUAGUACUAGAUGCUCAUACCAUGGAGAAGCAUUGAGCUAUAGCGACAACUUGAAAGUGGCGUUGCACUAUGUAGACACUGGUUGGAUUGCCACAGCCCUAGUUUCAAUAUCAUCACAUGCCAGUGGUUUUUCUUCCUGUAUAUCUCCUUAUUCACUAUCACGUAAAAUCUUGCUUUGCAGAUUCGCAGGUUGAUCUGAACAUCGACGUACAAAAGGCCACGAGGUCAAAGAAGACACUAUGAAUUUCGAAUGCAGUGGUAUGCGCCCUAGUAACAGGCAACCUGGCCAGUUCGAUUCUCUUAGUUUUUUCAGAGCCUCUUCAUCACCCCACAACCACAUCCAAGUUUCAACUGAUCAUAAUCGCCAAUGGAAUCGCCAAUGGAAACUUGUGCUUCAGCCCCGUUCGAUCACGCUAAAGCAGACGUUAUUUUACGAUCAGCUGAUGGCGUAGAGUUUCGAGUUUUCAUGCUCUUCCUCUCUCUUGCCUCUCCGUUCUUCGAAACGUUGUUCGACCUCCCUCAGGCAUCCGAUGAGGCAUCCGAUCAAGAGAUGAAGGAUGGCCUAGCGGUCAUCACAGUGUCCGAGGACAGCAAAACUCUAGAUUCGUUUCUUAGGUUUUGCUAUCCAUCAACGAUGGCGGAAGAUCCUUGCCUUGAAGACCUCACAGAGGUUCUCCCUGUGCUCGCAGCUGCAAGAAAGUAUUCACUAGACCUGAUCGAGAGAAAAGUAUGCCAGGCUCUGGCCAAUCCCAAGGUUCUUGAGACAGAGCCCCUUCGCUGCUUCGCCAUUGCAAGGAAUGCACGGCUCAAGCAUGAAACUAUCACCGCUGCCAGGCACAACUUACGGAAACCCUUGAUUCCUGCGUUAUUUCCAGAGAUCAACCUGAUCUCCGCAUCCGACUUUCUUGCCCUACUAACAUACCACAAAAAAUGCAUCGUCGCUGUACAAGCCCUACUGAAGGACCUUAGAUGGAUGACAAGUAAUUAUGGCAGUUUAGAUGGCUGCGGUUGGCUGUUCAAUCGUCCAUCCCCCUCCCCCUCUCCCUCCCGCCACUCUUACUCCCACCAUGAACGUGACCAGUACUGCUGUGGACAGGGUACAGACGCACGAUUCUUUCCUUGGAAUACCGCUCCACUCGCAUGGUGGACAACAUAUAUGCAGGAGGUAUACGAGCUGUUACAGGAUAGGCCGUCUGGCGAUACUGUGAGGGCGGCAGCGGACAGGACAAUCCAAAAGGUCAGAAGUGCGGACUGUGCUGCUUGCUCUGGCCGCGUAAAAGAAUGCAUGACGGAGUUCAGCAACUUGUUUGCUCUGAAAGUCGACGAGGCUGUCGCUCCGAUCGAGCUGGAGAUGGAGUUUUGAUCGUGGUGAUUCUCAUAUCUAUACAAUACUGUGGCAAAACCCUUUCUCGACGUGAUCUGGCAGAUCAAAUCUAUGAACCUAUGCCAGUACCGCCCCAGUGUCCAGUAAUCAUGAAUCGGUCAGAUAUAGAAAUUGAACGUUGAACUUGACAGUCAAGAAGGGAACUGCAAUAGUACUAAGGGUUAUUUAGGGGAGGCCUGACCGUGUAGAAA